AUGGUUCCGUCAAGGGCAACAUUAUCCCCCCAAGUCUCGCCGAUUGCGGGCCCGAAGGUUCGGCAGGUUUGGACCGCGGAGGAAGACAAACUUCUCGCCGAGGCGGUUGCGCUAGAGUCACCGGAGAAGGGUUCCGUCAGCUGGCACCGAGUGGCUACACACAUUCCGGGACGCAACAACAAGGACUGCCGCAAACGAUGGCAUUACAGCAUCGCCAACUCGAUCCGCAAGGGCACCUGGAUGAAGGAGGAGGACGAGAAGCUGCGGGAGGCCGUCGGGCUGUACGGGGCGCGGUGGAGCAAGAUUGCCGAGGCUGUCGGUACGCGGAAUGGCGAUCAGUGCUGGAAGCGGUGGUAUGACUGUCUCGACCCCCGCAUCGACAAGAGUCCCUGGACGCCGGAGGAGGACGCCAGACUGCUCCACUUGGUCUCACAAAUUGGCCGCAACUGGAGCGAUAUUGUCCACGAACACUUUCCUAACCGCACCUCGCUGGCCGCCAAGAACAGAUACAGCAUCCUGCUCCGUAGACGAGAAGGCAGUAACAGUCCGACAGCGGCCCGUGGAUCAUCAUCGUCCGUCCGCCACGCGAAGUCCGGUACCGGUCGGUCCUCAGCUUCCACGCCCUCGCUCAGUCCUAGUCCAUACCUCGGUGUGGUGAGCACACCAGCGAUUACGCCGGUGCAUACGCCGGAGCCCGAGUUUGCGGCACUAGAUAUGAUGGAUGGGGAUUGGUUUGAGUUGGGUUUGAAGGAGGUGGAUGUCGAGGGGUUUAUCUCUCAGGAGUUGUCGACGCAGCAGCAGCAUCACAGCGGCUAUGUCGCGGGCGCACAGCUGGUGGAGGAGACACCGCGGCAUCUCUCUCAGCAGCAGCAACAGCGAGAAGCGUUUUGGGCUCAGUCACAGCAGUACGCAUUUCAGGCGGGUGUUGCUGCACUGCCGCAAAUACGGAUACAAACAAACUUGGAGGGGAUGGGAAUAGGGUGUGGUAACGGGGGGCUUUAUGGGCACGGGUAUCAAAUCGACCCAGCUCUGAAUCAACAGGGUUUGGGGCUCGCCGGUGUUGGAUAUGAGGGCGCUGAGGCUUACCAAGGGCAAAUACCAUACCCGCAAACGUAUGAGAGUGGAAUGGGGUUGGGGAUACAGGGGCAAAGUCAACAUUGGCCACGGGGAUUCAACAUGGGAGGUUGGUGA